AUGUCGAGAGCAGAACACGAUAUAAAUGAAAGGAUUGCAAAAACUGGUGGACAUAAUGUUCUUAAUAGAAUUAUCGAUGCUGAGAGGCCUUAUGAUUCUAUUAGUAUGAUCUUUGAUGGUGAAACACCGAUUCAGUGGGCAUGUCGUGUUAGGAUGUCUCUUCGAGAGUUAUUGGGUCCAGGAGGCCCACUAGAGGUAGACCAUAUGAAGAUGGUACCGCAAUAUGUUUUCGAUGUAUGA